CAAGCCAUCCAGAAAUAACGAGUGGCCUCUCCAUCUUUUCCUGCCUCGUCUCUCUUUUUCUUAGUUGAGUCCGAAACACGGAUCGUGAUCUGCAACGCUCGAAGUGUCUGGAGAGGAUGAAGAAUGUGUCGAGGAUCAAGUUCUUGCAUUGCUUCAGACGGCCCGUUGUUGAGGAAGUGAUGCUCGAGCCCAGGCGUGGACGGAACCAGCUCAUGCAUCUUUUAAUGGAUGAGGACGGCAAUGAGAAAGCGAGCACGAAAUCACUGUAUGGUCGAUCGAGAAAGCAUAGCUUUUCGCGCAUGUUAAAGUCUGCCCUCUUCGACACCGCUUUGGCUCGGAGUAUCCGCAGGAAAAGAAGUAGUUCUCUUCGAAACUCAUUGUUGACGAAACGCUGUCAUUCAAUGGAUGCCGAACCAAGGGGGUCGUUGCGCGAUAAUAAUGAUCAGAAGCUUAUUGAUGAUCAGACGAAUCGUUUUUCUUCAACCUCUCCUUCUUCUUCGGGUUCGAGUUCGGCAUUAGAACACGUAGACUGUGUGUCCAAACCAUGGUCUCCCAGUGGAUUCUCGUACAAUGGCUCAUCAAUGAAGCAAGGGCAAAGCCCGGAUCAUCAAGAUCAGUCACGAACGAAGCAAGCCAAGCUUGAUAUGGCAUAUCUGCUGUUCAUUAGUCUGACGGGGACGGUGUUGUGUGGCAGAGCUUAUGCGAUAGUCUUCGCAUCAAUGUGGCUUCUUGUGGUGACUCGCUGGCUUCGCCGGAGUGUCAUCGACAAUGCCGAUGAUGCGAGGACCAGAAGACAGAAGACAGUGAAGUUUUUGCAGGUAGAGACAGAUGAGAAGAAGGGAAGAAAGACUGUAGCGCAGUUAAUUAUGGGAGUUAUAGGGAGGAUGCGUGAAAGGAACCGUCCGCAAAAAUGAAGAAAGAGCCGCUGUUGCAUUAAAUUUUUUACGUGAAAAUGCUGUCUUGCGUGAUAGAUCAUGAUCGGGGUCUAGUUAGUAGUAGACUUUUGGCGAAGAGAAUUUUGUUCUGGCAAAUUAUGGUUUGUAUAUAUAUUCAUUUUGAAUUUGAAGUCAAGUUGGUAUCAAUGAA